AUGAAGGGCCUGAGCCGCCUGCUCCGCGCCGGGGAGGAUGCCGCGCAGGGAGCCGUGGCGGCGAGCCAUGAGGGCCUACUGCCAGAUGAGAGAGAAUUUCAACAUGCUGCUAAAAUGAACAAUUUGGAUACCAUGGAAAAACUCUUUAAAAAGAAUGUAAACAUAAAUGCUGUAGAUACUCAUGGCCUGACAGUGAUUCAUCUUGCAGCCUGGACUGGAAAUCUGGAUAUAAUGCGAAAAUUAGUUAAAGCAGGUGCUGAUCAAAAGGCUAAGAAUGAGGAAGGAAUGAACGUACUGCAUUUUGCAGCACAGAGCAACAGCAUUAAAAUAGUUGAUUAUUUCCUCCAAGAUCUUCAUCUGAAUGACUUGAACAAACCUGAUGGGAAAGGUAAAAAGCCAUUUCUUCUGGCCUCUGAAAAAGGCCAUGUUGACAUGAUAAAAAAUUUGAUUGCUCUGAAGCUAUUUACAUCUGAAAAAGAUGAGGAGGGAAACACAGCAUUGCAUUUAGCAGCCAAAAAUGGUCACAGUGCAGUUGUAGAAAUUCUGCUUGAACAAUGGGAGGAAAUAAAUGACCUCAAUCAGGAUGGAGAAACUCCAUUUUACUUGUCUGUUGAGGGAGGUCAUGAAAAAUGUGCUGAACUCUUACUGGAGGCAGGGAGUGACAUCAAUGUUUCAACUCAGAACAAGAGCAGUGCUUUGCAGGUUGCAAUUCAGAAUGGACAUGUAUCCUUGGUUACUUUUCUUAUUGAUAAGAAUAUUGACCUGGUUCCUAAACCUGAGCAGAGGAAUUCCCCUCUCCAUUUAGCAGUCCUCAGUAAUAAUCUACGGGUAGUAAAAAGCCUUUUGGAUGCCAAUCACGACAUAAACUCCUUAAAUCACAGGCAGGAAACUCCUCUACGUCUGGCAGCUGAUCUUGGCAAUGUGGAGUUGGUGGAAGUGCUGCUGAAGUCAGGCUGCAACCUCAAGACCAUGGAUAAGCAUGGGAAAACUCCACUAGCCACAGCAUCAAGGAGCCAUCAUGCCCUCAUUGUAGAUAUGAUCAUUAAAGCAGAAAGGUAUUUUACCAUGAAACAGACACAUCUAGCUCAUAGUGGUAAUGGGUCAGACUUCAGCAUGUCCUUCAAACAAGAUCACAGCACACAGACCAAGCAAAUCCGCUCCUCCCUUUGGAAUCUAGCAUACAAGCAAUUAAAACCCCGUGAAUGGAAAAAACUGGCUGUGUUCUGGAAGUUCACAGAUGAAUAAAUGAAAGCUAUUGAAGAACAGUGGACAGGGAAAAAAAGUUACAAGGAGUAUGGGAACAGAGUGUUGCUCAUCUGGUUACAUGGUACAUUGCUGGCUCAUCAGAAUCCUGUUAAACAUCUGUAUGAAGAUCUGGUGGAAGCAGGACUUCAGCCUUUAGCUGAAAAGGGUAAAAACAUGAUACGUACUUUAGGCCUUAUUGCAUCAAAUCUGAGAGGACAGGGAAGUGGUACCUUGAUUAAAAACCCCUACUGGUGA